CAAAAUCGCAUCAUGUCGUUUGGACUCGAUGUAAUAGAAAGCAAGUGCAAGUCACACGUUGCAUGAAAGUAUUGCAUUAUCUGUUUUAUAAAAGUGAAAAGUGGUCUAGAAACUCGUCAUUUGGAAGGUUAAUUUCAGCUUUAAAUCGAGGUGCUACAUCUGAACAGUUACAAUCAACGGAAUCAUGACUUCUUUUACGGUAGAAAGCCCGAAUGUGCGCUACACGCAUCAACAUAUCGAGUCAGACUACGCUUACCAGACGACAAAAGUGGAGAAAAACGGGCAAAAUAUAAAGGUUAUCCCUGUGGAUGUCCAGAUGAAGUUCCGAACAGAGCGUAAGGUCCCUCGUCUAGGCGUGAUGCUGGUGGGUUGGGGAGGGAACAAUGGGAGUACCGUGACGGGGGCCGUCAUCGCUAAUCAGAUGAAGAUGUCAUGGAGGACCAAGGAAGGGACUAGGCAUGCGGACUACUACGGCUCCCUCACUCAGGCAUCGACGCUAAACCUUGGGUCAGGACCAGCUGGCGAUCUUAACAUUCCUUUCAAAGACAUCCUACCUAUGGUGGAUCCCAACGAUAUUGUAUUUGAUGGUUGGGACAUUUCUUCCUUCAACCUUGCCGAGGCCAUGGAGCGGGCCCAGGUCUUUGACUGGAGCCUCCAGGAGCAGCUCCGCCCCCACAUGGCAACCCUCAAGCCCCGCCCCUCCGUCUACUUCCCCGACUUCAUCGCGGCCAAUCAGGAGGAUCGCGCCGACAAUGUCCUCACCGGAACUAAGUCAGAGCUCGUCGAGAAGAUCCGGGCGGAUAUACGUGAAUUCAAGCAGAAGGUAGACAAGGUCAUUGUACUCUGGACAGCCAACACAGAGAGGUUCUCAGAUGUUGCUGAGGGAUUAAAUACGACGGAGCACGCCCUUUUGAUGUCGAUAGAGACCAAUGCUAACGAGGUGUCGCCAUCCACACUCUUUGCUGUGGCUUCCAUCUUAGAAGGGGUAGCGUACAUCAACGGCUCACCUCAGAACACCUUCGUGCCGGGCGUCAUCGAGAUGGCCGAGAGGAGAGGGGUGAUGAUCGCCGGUGACGACUUCAAGUCGGGCCAGACCAAGAUUAAAUCCGUCCUGGUUGACUUCCUUGUGAGUGCAGGCAUCAAGCCCGUCUCGAUCGUCAGUUACAAUCACCUCGGGAACAACGAUGGCAAGAACCUCUCGGCUCCCAAGCAAUUCAGAUCAAAAGAGAUUUCCAAAUCCAACGUUGUUGACGACAUGGUGGAAUCGAACCCCAUCCUCUACCCUGACGGCAAGAAGCCCGACCACUGCGUUGUCAUCAAGUAUGUCCCGUACGUUGCGGACAGCAAGAGGGCGCUAGACGAAUACACGUCGGAGAUCAUGAUGGGCGGAAGGAACACCAUCUCGCUUCAUAAUACCUGUGAGGAUUCUCUCUUGGCGAGUCCUAUCAUCCUGGAUCUGGUCAUCCUCACGGAGCUCUGUCAGAGGAUCGAAUUCAAGUCUGCGUGUCAGAGUGAAUACCAACGAUUCCACAGUGUACUCUCAAUCCUGAGCUACCUAUGUAAAGCACCCCUUGUCCCUCACAACACACCGCUGGUCAACGCACUAUUCAAACAGAGGGCGUGUAUGGAAAACAUCUUCAGAGCUUGCGUGGGACUUCCCCCACAGAACCACAUGCUCCUGGAGCACAAGCUAACCAACCCCUCAGCCAUGCCGGAGCUCUGCAUGAACGGCCACUCCGUCAACGGGAAGGUCCUCCAGAACGGGAACCACGCCCCCGAGCGUCAACCCGCCUCCAAGAAAGCCAAGCUCGCAACAACGUCGUCUGGCUUCGUCAACGGCAACGGCGUGAUGGAGAACGGAUCGGAAGUUGCAGCCAUUCAUUAACCCCUUGCCUACUGGACCCAGGUGGUUUCUGUAUUAAACCUAUGGAGAAUAUGAGAAUUCAGGAGUCAAGGGCUUAACAGAAUUCCGGUCAUUUCAGCUGUAACAGGAUCACCAAAGACUCUACGGAAAUCUACCUUCGGCGAUUUCAAUGCCCUUGUGCUGGGCCUAUUGAAAUGUCCAAACAUAACAUUGACUUAUCGGUAUUAUAUAAUCUGAACGUUACUUCUAAAGGUAUCACACUAGGGUAUUGAAAUUGAUCUAGGGUUGAUUUCAGGCAAGUCUUGGCGAUCCUUUGCUGUCUGAAAUUGUACCGUUUGUUGUAUAUAGCUGGUAAUGAUGAUUUUGCGUGAGAUUCUGCAGAAAUUUGCAAUAACAGUCUGCAUGUGGAUUCUUCAAUAGUGCAAAAACGGUGGUGAAUGUGCUAAGUCUGCUGAUUUGACACUGCGACCUUUUGGCAGUUGAGUUCUCUCUACAAGUAAGAUUAUUACGGGAUAGCAGCUGAGAGCAAGAAAGUGCCAAGUCCAAGGCAUUUGACAAAUUUCAAGCAGUUGAGCUAUUUCUUCAUAAUUACAUGUAAAAUAUCGCAUCACGAUAUUGGAGCUGAGAGCGAAAAGGAAACAAGUCCAUUUCAAGGCAUUUGGCAACCUUCAAGCAGUUGAGCUAUAUCUUCAUAAUACCGUAUGACAAUAUUUGAGCUGAGAGUGAGAAGGAAGUAACUCCUUGUCACGGCAUUUGGCAACCUUCUGGCGGUUGUAUUCUUUCUGCACUGACAUCAUUACGAAAUGGCAGCUGAGAGCAAGAGGGUGCAAAGUCCGUUUGCAAUCUUUUGGAAUUUGAGCUUGAUGUUCAUCAUUAUCCUGUAUUGAACAUUGUAACACUUGUCUGUAUGGGUAGUUAUGUAAAAUAUUGACUGCUUUGAGGGGCAUGAUUAAAAC